GCAGUGUUGACGCGGCCCUGUCAUCCAUGGUAUGUCAAGUCCUGCACAGCAUCCACAUCCACAGAUCCAUCAGAUCCUGGCGCAACACUCUUGACACGGCCCUGUCAGAUCCUGCACAGCAUCCACAAUUCCAAGUACCCCUAUCCGACCACCCACACCACCAGCACCCGCCCCAUCCCACUUCCGCUUCGCCUUAUUCCCCACUUGGUCGGAUGCUGCUUCCAGCGGCAUUUUGAGCUCAAAGCACUCUAUCGAGCUGAAG